AUGAUCGGCAUUGCGUUCCUGGUCGGCUCGCUGCUGUUUCUCGCGUGGGCGGGCACGGCGUUCCAGCGGCGGUUCCUGCUCCAGGACAUGACGGAUUCGGACGCGCCAGUGCGGGCGCUCUUCGCGGUCGUGUUCUCCGCGUCCUGCUUCCUCCUUGAACUCAUCAUUCUGGAAGUGACGGACGUCAUCAGCGCGGACACGCGCCUCAGGGCCUGGCGCUUUGCUCUCCUCUCUCUCUCGGUGAUCGCCGCGAUCGUCCUGCCGUUCUUCCACGCGUGGUGGGUCGCUCGUGAGAAAGGCUUCGACCAGACGAAGAGCGUGAUCCUGGCGGUGAUGUUCCUCGCGGCGUUCCAGUGGUGCUUCUGGCACUACGGCGCCCUAAUUCCGGGCGUCCCGCCGCUCGCCGAGGGCCAGCAUAUGGUCUGCGUGCAACAGGUCAUCGCGCGGCUGGCGGUGGUCGGCACGGUGUUCCUGGCCCUCCUGUCAGGCUACGGCACCAUCAACAUGCCCUUCACAUGGCUGGCGGCGUUCAUCCGCCCCGUGACGGACAGCCAGGUCGCGUCGGUGGAGACGCAGCUCGCGCAGUCCAAGCACAUGCUGCGCGACAAGGCCGCGCGCAUCACGCACCUGCGGGACCAGGAGGCGGCCGAGAGCCUGGGGGGGAAGAAGGGGGGGGUGUUCCCGUCGUGGCUGACGUCGCUCGUGGGCGGCGGAGGCGGCGGACUCGCGGCGCAGAUCAGCGCGCUGGAGAUCGAGCAGAAGACGCUCAAGGAGGUCCAUCGUUUGAUGAUUAUGGAGCUCGCGGAACUCAAGAAGGAGCGGAGGCGAGUCGUGCAGUCGCGGACGCUGUGGGGACGCGUCCGCAACGCUCUGGGGUACGUGUUCGCGGCGUACUGCAUCUACCGACUCGGAUCAUCGCUGAUAUCGAGCUUCACGACGUCUCCGGGCCGCGCGGACCCCGUGGGCUUCAUCGCCGCGCUGCUGGUCACGGCGCUGUCCGGGGGGCGCGUGCAGGUGGACAGACACGCCAUCGGGCAGUACGUCGCGCUCGCGUUCGUCGGGUUCGUCACCGCCAAUUCCCUCCGGAACUUCCUGAAGGACCUCUUGAAAUUCACGUCCUCGAUCGCAGGUCUGAUGGACCCGUCAGUCCUGACUCUGUUGUUCACCGAAGUCAUGGUCAUGUACGCCAGCGCGUCACUGCUGCUCAUCCGGCAGAAGCUGCCCGACAAGCACCGCGACGCCAUCACCACCGCGAUCGGCGCCCCGCUGGAGUUCUCGCCGUUCAACCGCUGGUUCAACGGGAUGUUCUUCGUCACCGCGCUGCUGUCGGCGCUCGUGCUGUACAAGACGUACCAGGCCAAGCGGGACGGCGACGUGUUCUACCACGCCGUGCCCGCGGAGCUCAGCGGAGCGGGCCUGCCCGGCACGGGGUUCAGCGGGUUCGGAGAGGAGUCGCCAGCAACGACGCUGCGGAGCGGCGUGGCGAGCCUGGCCGCGGGCCGCGGGGCCGCAGCGUGGAGGAUGGUGUAG